AAUGGGUCAUAAAAUCAAAAACAUCAACGAAAAGUUGUCUCAAAUCAAUAAGGAUGCUAACGACUUGGGACUACAAAAUGAACAGCCUGGCCCUGUUGUUCCAUAUCGUCCCUACCCGGAGACAGAUCCAAAUCUAGGCGAAUUCAAAAUUGUUGGGAGGGGGGAUGAUGAAGGGCGCAUCAUACACCUUUUAACCGAGUCAAGAAAAGAAGAAAAGCUUACGAUUGUUCCCAUUGUGGGAAUGGGCGGGAUGGGGAAAACCACUCUGGCCCAGUGUGUAUACAAUAAUCCAAAAAUCCAGCAACAUUUUGAUGUUAAAGCUUGGUUGUGUGUGUCAGUUAAGGUUGACAUCAACACACUUCUUGCAAAGAUUUAUGAAUCUCUUGCACGAGAGAAACCUAAGUCGGAAACUAUUGUCAAUUUAGUUAGCGAUCUUGAAGAGAAGUUGGCGUCAAAAAGAUAUUUGCUAGUCCUAGAUGAUGUUUGGGACGAAGAGAGAUUAUAUUGGGAAGAUUUUAGGAGUGUUAUGAUAAAUGUAAAGUCGCAAAUUGGAAGUAGCAUUCUUGUCACUACCCGGAAACUUAACAUCGGAACAAAGGCAAUGGCAAUGGAUUCAUGUCCUUUAAAAGGUCUUUCUGAUGAUUAUUGUUGGCACAUUUUUAAAGAUAGGGCAUUUCUACCAGGACAGUCACCACAACCUGAAUUGGAGGAGAUAGGGCGUGAUAUUGUGAAAAAAUGUUGUGGUUUGCCUUUGCUAGUAAAGGUAAUAGGAGGCAUGUUGCAAAAUUACAUCGACCCAGAGAAGUGGUUGUCCAUAAAAAAUAGCAAAGUCUGGGAUCUAGAAGAUGAAAGGGAUAGAGUUGAAAAAAGCUUGCAACUAAGCUUUGAUAAUCUUCCUAAUUCUAUGGCUAAGCAAUGCUUUGCGUAUUGUUCCAUCUUUGAGAAAGAUACACUCAUGGAAAGGGAAGAACUGGUUCAACUUUGGAUGGCUUUAGGGUUGGUUCAAGCAGAUUAUACAAGAGGCAAGGAGAUGGAGGAUGUCGGAAAUGAUAUUUUUCAGAUUUUGGUAAGCAAUUCGUUGUUCCAAGAUGUUCAAAGGGAUGAGUAUGGUCACAUCACUCAUUGUAGGAUGCAUGAUCUGAUGCAUGAUCUUUCAUUAUCACUUUCCAAACAUGAAAGUUUAUGUCAUGUGGUGGGUGCGGCGAAUGAUGAUAUGUCUCGUAUUUAUCAUAUCGAUCAUGUUAAGCAUCUAGCCUUUUACAAAAAACGUGAGGACGAUGAAUUUGAAGCCGAGGCUUCUAUGUUCAUUGAAAGGGAUAUGAUGGCUAGAACUUUGCAUACAUUGUUUCUCAUUGGAUUAUAUGAGAAGAAUUUAUCAUUUCAACGAUUCAAAUGCAUGCGAAUCCUAAAACUCGAAGAUUAUAAAAUUGAGAAGUUAGGCGAUUCAAUUGGAGAGUUGGUGCAUCUAAGGUAUCUAGAUUUGUUGUAUACCUAUAUCACUGCUCUUCCAGAAUCUAUUGGUAAAUUAUACCACUUGCAAACUCUGAAGUUGCCUGAUAUCAUUGAGCAGCUUCCAGAAUCCAUGAGAAAUUUGAUAAGCCUGCGAUAUUUCAUUUAUGAGGGAAACAUUCCCUCCAAUAUUGUGGGACAAUGGAUUCUUAUCCGAAAUUUGCCUUCCUUCAUAGUGCUUAGAAGGAAGGGACAUGGUAUUGAAGAGCUACGCCAUUUGAAUAACCUUGGUGGAAAGCUUCGUAUUGGUGGUCUUGAAAAUGUUAGGAGCAAAGAGGAUGCUGUUAAAGCAGACUUAUCUCGAAAGAAAAAUUUAUAUGAUAUUGAAUUCAAUUGGACUUUGAAGGAUGAAGCUGCCAAAAGAAACAAUGAGGAUGUAUUGGAAGGCUUGCAACCUCCACAAGAUGUGAAAAUAUUGAGAAUCAACAAUUUUUGUGGCGAUAGCUUUCCAGAUUGGGUAACGAAGAUGGCAAUCCAUAUCGAACCGAAAUGGACGCCGCUUGACAAGAUCGUGUCAAUCAGAUUAGAGGGAUGUAGGAAUUGCCUCUCUCUUCCAACGCUUGAGCACCUACCACAUCUUCGGGAUCUUGUGUUAAGGGAAAUGGACAGCUUGACGUGCUUAAGGAGUUCUGUUGUUAGCGGAUCAACAAAUCCUUUGUCUCCAUCGUUGAGAACACUACGACUAAGAAGUAUGAAAAGACUGGAAAAGUGGAUAGAUGGAGCAACCAACAGCUCAAAAAUGAUAUCGCCUGUCCUCGAGAAGUUGGGGAUUACUCAUUGCCCAAAGAUUAUACUCAUAGAUGAAUGCCAUCCCCAUCCUCUUGUUUCCUUGGAUAUAUUUGACUGUAGUGGUCUGGUGUCCAUUAAGAGCAUACAAGGACUAACAUGUCUCUUAACUUUAAAAAUUUCCAGGUGUGAUAGUCUUUUAGGAAUAACCAAUUUGCCCAAUGAGUGUCAUUCUUUGAAGACUUUGUUUAUUAACCAUUGCAACAAGCUGACUUCCUUGCCUCAUGAAAUGUUUGACUGUUUUGCCUUCUUAAACGAGUUGAGAGUUGGUCCGUUUUCGAAGGCGCUCGAUUCUUUCCCAAGUCUCCAAGGCAUUGAGAAAUUAAGGAACCACCUUCACUCGUUAACAUUGACAGGUUGGGAUCAUUGGGAGUCGGUGCCAGAAGAAAUACAACAUUUCACCUCACUGAUGCGGUUACGCAUAGUUGGAUUCGGAAUACAAGAACUGCCUAUGUGGUUGACCAACAUGUCAUCUAUCCGACAUUUACUUUUCAAUGAUUGCAAAGGGCUAAAUAAAGCAAAGGUUAGACAGGGAGCGCCAAAGAAAGCAAAUAUUGUCGAACUAGAUAAUGUAGAGUGUUAAUUUGUUAGUUAUUUGAGUGUGUUGGUUUAUGGAUAUAUUGUAUCGGUCAUUCCUCCUCUUGCUUAAUAAUAAACUUUCUUCUAA